ACAACAGAAAUUGUGUAAGGAGAGUGCAGGACAGACACCCUUGAAUUCCCAUCUCAGCAGCCUUGUCUUUGACUGGAAACAAGAUAUAAACCUCUCCUAGGACAACAGAGGAAAUACCUCAAGCAGGAACUAUGCUCUUUCUGCUGAGAGGAUCUGAAGGACUGCUGAAGAGAGGAGAGAGGGGGAAAAAAAAAGAAAAUAGCCAAGCUAGUGGCAUCUCUGUGGAUGUGGAAUAAGGGAGUUGCUCGACUCACGCAGACUCCCGAGCUAAGUCGGGAGUUACAGCUGUUACUGCAGAGCGCUCAGCCUGGCUGUGGGGAGGGCGCCUGGGGAGGGGCAGACCCAGUCUCAAGCUCCAGGCUCUUCUCUCGUCUGACUCGCCUCAGCAUCACAAUGGAGCCCAACAGUCCCAAAAAAAUACAGUUUGCUGUGCCCUUGUUUCAGAGUCAAAUAGAUCCCGAGGCAGCUGAGCAGAUCAGGAAAAGAAGGCCUACACCAGCAUCACUCGUCAUCAUGAACGAACAUGUGCCUCCAGAAAAAGAUGAGAAGAGAACAAGCAUCUCACAGGCAGAGUCCCAGAGUGCCUCUCCCAAGCAGAGGAAGCAGAGCGUCUUCACCCCUCCUGCCCUCAAAGGGAUUAAGCAUCUGAAGAGCCAGAGUGAUUCAGUGUUUCCAGAAGAAGAAGAGGGAGUUGGUGAAAGGGAAGAGGAGUGGGGCCAUUAACCAGGGCAGAGCUGUCCCGAGCCCCAUCACAGAGAGUAACUGAACUGUGGGGCCGUGCGUGUGCCAGACCCUCCACCGCCUGCUCCAUGUGCCUCUGGGGCUCCCUGGGAAGUGCCCUCAAAUGGGCUUCACAGACACCUGCAAAUGUGUCCUGUGACCCCUAUACCUGAAGAUAAAACAGUUAUUUUAAAGUCAUUUUUCUUUCAUUUUCUAUGACUUAGAAACGUAAUCUGCAAAUGUGUUAGCUACCUGACAUCAGUACUGCCAGAGCUUAACUACUGUGUGUGAGCUGUACUCUAAGGCUUGUUGUAAAUAAAACUGAUUUAAAAUGUGCAAAAUAAAUAAUACAUUAAUUUCGACAAGACUGUCUAUCGUACAGAGGGUUUGUCUAGCGCACAGAGAAAUGUUCAUAUAAAAUGAUCCUUUCAGUUAAGGGCAGUUUUUGCCAAUGUUGGUAGAGUUACUUGCAGUAAUGUGGAUAGAAAGAAGGUAACAAAGUAAGCAGAGGUGACUCUUUGUCUGUAGAAGGAUGCAAAGACACUCUUCUCUGUGUUCCCUGGAUGCUUAAAGUGCUUUUCUUGCUUUUGGUCUGAGGCUGCCUAGUCACAGCAGCCAAAAUGAUUUCUCUUUACAUGAGAUCAUUGUUAUCUGGAGGCAUUAGAAAAGGUUUCACUUUGGGAGUCAGAGGUAACACAGGCAUGUGGGAGCUGUAAGAAGGAUUCCAUGCACCAGCUGAGCCAUGGGAAAUGCCGAUAUUCACCUUCAUCACCUGCAGCAAGUACAGUUACAGCCUUCUCUGCCUGCAUUUGUCACAAUUUCAGUCAGUAAGUGACAGCAUAUCAAGCUGCAGAAAUUUAACUUGUGUCUGAGCCCUAGGUUUAUGGUUGAAGUCUGUCAUGGUUCAUACCAACCUUUUCAUUUGUUAGACUGUGCAAACUCUAUGGCAUAAAAUGAAAUAAGGUGGAGAAGGAAAAACAUGUUUUGUCAAAGUGACACCUAAGAGAUUAUUUCCAUUUUUUAUCAAUGGCAAAUUUUUUAAUGAAUUCACUGUCAUUUUGUAUUAACUGUUUGCCUUUGAUACAAAGUUUUACCCUCAGUUUAACUUUCCCCUGCUUUAAGUCUCUUUUAAAGGGUUGAGCUAGCAAAAAAAAAAAAAAGAGAUGACUUAUAUGAAAACACAGAGCCUUUUGUCUAUGUCUUGCACGGUGAUUUCACUUUUAAUUCGAGGUCUUCCACAAAGACUUGCUGAGAACAGGAUCUGUCGACAAGUGUUCUUUUAUAUUUGAGAGUCAUUUUUUCUCUCCAUCUGUAUCUCUGUAUCUGUCCUCUUUGGUUCCAUUUUCAGUAGAAACAUUGCAAGCAGGAUCCAUGACUCCAGCUCAGCAAGGGUAUGCAAGAAGGACUAAAAGAAGGACUCUUCAGUUAUACAGAAGCAGCUAUGGGACUUAGAGGACUGGGAGCUGUUUAUGUCACAAACAACAAAAAGAUGGAAAUGACCCUUCAGAAACUGUUUGAAUGGCCCCAAGUUAGGACUGUAAUGGCAGCAAGAAGAGCUGGGCUCCAGUCCCAGCUUUGCCAUGGCUUUGCUUUUGUUCAGCACCAGGCUCUUCACAUAAUUGCUCACGGUCACAGUACUCCCAAGUUGUGAAUCAGUCAUUGGUGUUUAACCU